AUGGAUCCUGGCGACGAGUCGCAAUACAUGAAGGGUCCAAAGUCUCUCGGGAUAGUCAUCAAACUUGGGACUAGCUCUAUUAUAGAUGAGAAGACCCACCAGCCUCUCCUCUCAAACCUGUCCCUCAUAGUCGAGACUGCCCACAAGCUCCGGACAGAUGGCCACCGGGUCGUCAUUGUCUCGUCCGGCGCCAUCGGCGUCGGCUUGAGACGCAUGGAGAGGGACAAGAGGCCAAAACAUCUUGCCCAGCUCCAGGCCCUGGCUGCUAUCGGCCAGUGCCGCCUGAUGAGCAUAUGGGACGACCUGUUCAGCCACCUCAAGCAGCCAGUCGCCCAGAUCCUCCUCACCCGGAACGAUAUAGCAGAUCGAUCGAGGUAUCUGAACGCGCAAAACACCUUCAACGAGCUGCUGGACCUGGGCGUCAUCCCCAUCGUGAAUGAGAACGACACCCUCGCCGUCUCGGAGAUCAAGUUUGGAGACAACGACACCCUGUCUGCCAUCACAGCAGCCAUGGUCCACGCCGACCUCCUCUUCCUCAUGACCGAUGUGGACUGUCUGUACGACAAGAACCCCCGCACAAACCCAGACGCCCAGCCCAUCGAGGUGGUAGAGGACAUCGCCUCCAUCCACGCCGACACCUCCUCAGCCGGCUCAUCCCUCGGCACCGGAGGCAUGUCCACCAAGCUCGUCGCCGCCCGCCUGGCCACCGCCGCCGGCGUCACCACCGUCAUCACCCGCGCCUCCAACCCGGGAAACAUCAGCAAGAUCGCCCAGCACAUCCAGGCCAUCAAGUCGCCAGGCAGCGGGUCGAACCACUCCCAUCACACCAACGGCAACGGGGCUGACGACCACCACGCCGACGACCCCCUGGCCCAGUCCAGGCACUCGGUCCAGAGCAUCGAGCUCAACUGGCCCGACGUGCCCCUGCACACGCGCUUCCUCCCCUCCCCCUCGCCCUACCGGGACCGCUCCUUCUGGCUGCUCCACGGGCUCAAGCCCCACGGCGACGUCUACAUCGACGCCGGCUGCUACCGCGCCCUGCUGGACAAGGCGGGCCUGCUCCCCGCGGGCAUCGUCGACGUCGACGGCCACUUUGGGCAGCACGAGUCGGUGCGGCUGCUGGUCGUCGAGCGCGACGACGCCGGUGCCGAGGCGGGCGGUAAGCCCUGGCGCGGCGAGCCGCUCGACGUCGGCCGCGCCCUCGUCAACUACUCGUCCACCCAGGUCGCCCUCAUCAAGGGCCACCAGAGCAAGGAGAUCGAGGGCCUGCUGGGCUAUGCCGACAGCGGCUACGUCGCCGAGCGGGAGCACAUCACCUUCUUUAUGAGCAGCAGGCCGCAGACGCCGAUACCCACCACGUAG